UCUCUACUUUUCAAGUGAAAUUUUAUUUAAAAAAUUUUGGAGAUUGUGUAUCUCUCUGGUACGUCACUCGCGCGCAUGUGUUUACUGACUAAAAACACUUCCUACAUGUGGUGAUAUAAUUUGUAGCUUAGCUUGUCUCGUGUCAUAUCGUACAUAUAAUAACAUCAGGUACUGUUAUUGUCACGAGUUUGUGAUAAUCGUUUUGUCGAGAUGGUAUAGUCGAGACGAUAAUCUUAAAUUACUUCUUCAAGUAUUUCUUCCACACAAAUUCGACAUAUGAGGCAUUUAUGGUAAAAUGGAAGCUUUGAAAAUACUUCUCAAUGUAGCUCUGCUAUUUAUCGCCGUAAUAGCCGACGUAGAAGAUCUCAGAAAUUGUUCGAGGAUUUCCCGUCAUUUACCGAUCAAUAUAGUGGAACCAAUACAUUAUAAAAUUAACCUCUUAGUGAAACCGAAUCAACGUGAUUUAUCAGGCACAUCCGAAAUCACUAUUAUUGUAAAAGAAGCUACGAGAAACAUAAGUCUGAACUCUUACGGAAUAAAAAUAGAAUUUGACCACGUAAAAAUCACGAACAUAUCUAAAACAUAUGAUGAACCGGGCGAACUGGUUGCUAAACUGAUGUUGUUCCGACAAUGUUUUCAAACUCAAAUUUCGGUCAUAAUCUUUGACAAGGUCAUAAAACCUGGAAAAUAUAUUUUUCAUAUAGGAUAUAAGUCUAUUUUAUCUGAAGAUAUAGGCAUUGAACAUAAUGCAUAUUUGUGGGAUUCUACUGUUAAUAGUGAUAAAUGGAUACUCACGAAUCAUUAUAUACCAAAGGCGAUACGAGAAAUAUUUCCAUGUUGGGAUGAUCCGACAGUAAAUACGACAUUCGACAUCUCAAUCACACAUCCUCGAACGUACGGAGCUUUUUCGGUUACGCUUUUAGCGGAAGACAGGAAGCUACCAGGCAACAUGCAUAGAACGCGAUUCAACGAAAUUUCCAAGAUACCAACUUAUCUCUUGUCAAUUAUAGUAAUCAGUAAAAUGGCAUACAGUGAUAUGACAACAAGACUGCAUUAUGUAUAUCAGAGAUUUGAUUAUAUUCACAAAUUUCUGUUAAAGAAGACGUGUGAAAUGUUAGGAGCGGCAGCAAGUGAGUACAAUAAACUCAUGCGUUCAUUUAAGAAAGAGAUAAAAGUCGAUCACAUCUUCCUUUCAAAAGCUGUAAUGAAGGUCAAGGCGCAUCCUGGAGUUAUUAUUUAUAGGGAGGAAGAUUUUUUCUACAAUAAAACUUAUUAUUAUGCUGGUCGAGAAACGUUUAUGUUCACUUUAUUAUCACACCAAGUAGGGCGUCAAUGGUUUCUUGGUACGGAAGUGCAUGAUGAUUGGUUAUUCAGGGAAGCAAUCUCGCUGUUCUACGGCUAUUUAAUUCCAUCACAGUUAUUUUAGAUUCGGGGAAAUCAGCUGUUUCUGAAUCUCUUCGUAGUGAAACAUCUACAGCUUGCGCUCAAUAAUGAGGAGGAUUUAGGAAUGAUACAGGUUAUUGAUAAAUUCGAUUUCCUCGACGAAAUCGAUGAUCUUUUUC